GAGUAUUUAUAUCACUUUUGUAAUCAUUCUUAUUCGGGUAAUGUGUACUGCAAGCAGCACAAUUUGAAUUAUAAAUGUGGGGGAAAAUACUUAUCGUCGUACUUAUCGCUUGGUUGUCGGCGUCUUUCUUCGCGCGUGUUAAGAAUUUUUUUUUUUCUACUCCGCAACUACCGCUCAUAAAAGAUGAGCUUUGGUGGGGUCCCGGAAAACCGUACGCUAAUGAGGACACCGAUAUCAAACCGUUUACCAUAAACGUGUCGCAAACAGUCCUUACUGACUUAAACUGGCGGCUCAGCCAGGCCUUGCCCUUUCAACCGGCACUAGAAGGGGUCCAGCAACAGUACGGAAUCAACACAAACCAUCUAAGAAACAUCAUCGACUUUUGGCAGACCAAAUACGAUUGGAGACAGCGCGAAAAACUUCUCAACAUAUUCCCGCAGUACACCACAAGCAUACAAGGCUUGAAAAUUCACUAUAUACACGUAAAACCGAAAGUAACCAAAGGCGUAAAGGUCUUGCCCUUGUUCAUUUUGCACGGAUGGCCUAGUUCAGCGCGGGAAUUUUACGAUAUUAUACCUCUCCUUACAAACCCCACGGGAGACUUCGUUUUCGAAGUUGUAGCGCCUUCAUUGCCAGGCUAUGCAUUUUCCGCAGCGGCCGUCAGACCGGGACUCAACCCCAUGGAAAUAGCCGUCAUCUUCAAGAAUCUGAUGGAGCGUCUGGGCUUCCACAGGUACUACCUCCACGGUGGUGACUGGGGCAGCCAGGUGGUAGCCGCCAUGGCUACUCUGUACCCCCAUAAGAUUUUGGGAACGCAUUCCAAUUUCUGCUUCGUGAACACCCCGUUAGCACAUCUUAAGCUAAUGGUAGGGAGCUUCUUCCCAUGGUUGAUAGUCGAGGAUGAUAUCCGCGAUAAAGUCUACCCGCUGUCGGAGAAAUACAUGAGGUGGAUCGAAGAGACGGGUUAUAUGCACAUCCAGGCGACGAAACCGGAUACUAUAGGCGUCGCUCUAAGAGACAGUCCCGUUGGUCUAGCGGCUUAUUUGAUGGAGAAGUACUCUAUUUUCACGAACCCCCACUGGAAGAACCUGGACGACGCCGGUUUGACCCAAAAAUUCAAGCUGGAGGACCUCCUGGACAACGUCAUGAUCUACUGGGUAACCGGAUGUAUCACCAGCUCGAUGCGUAUCUAUGCUGAAUCUUUCAAUGAGAGGUACAACUCUUUGAAGUUGCCACAAAUACCCACACCGGUUCCAAGCGGGUGCGCAAGGUUCUCACACGAAGUGGUGUACCAACCAGAGACGGUAUUGAGGCAGAAAUUUCCGAAUCUGGUCCACUUGGCCGACUACGAAGGCGGACAUUUUGCAGCAGCGGAAGAACCAAAAAUUUUAGCGAAAGACUUAUAUUUAUUCGUAGAGAAAGUAGAAAAGAUAAGCGGCGACAAUAAAGGAACAAGAUAAAAGUUUUAAAUAUUGAUGUAAUA